AUGGCUCCAUUUGUGCCCUACCACUACUCGGCUGGCCAGUCAACUAUUGUGAAGUUCGGCGGUCUUCUCACCACCGAAUUCCUCGAACCCCCACCAGGCCGUUGUUUUCUGUUUCGUCAGACCUAUCGCCACACGAUUGAAGGGCCGAUCCCGGAAAACUUGCGCAAGCUAAUUAAUAGCCCCGAUCGACCAAAGGGUCCGCCCCCACACUUCCACCAAUUUCAAACUGAGUACUUCCGCGUCGAGAGUGGGGUGCUCGGAAUUUCAGUAAAUGGCGUCGUCCGCCGAGUCACGCCAGAGGACGGCGAAAUCUCGGUGAAGGCGGGAAGUGUGCAUAACUUCUUCAUUCAUCCUGACUCCCCUGAGAGCAUGACCGUCUACCUGAGUGCUUCAGACUCAGGAAACGACUAUCAGCUCGAUCGGGUCUUCUUCGAAAAUUGGUACGGCUAUUGGCACGACGCGUUGUUGCACGAUGGAGGCAUUGAUUGGAUCCAAUUCCUUGCGAUCCAAGACGGUGGGGAUGCCUACACGGCCGCCCCCGCAUGGGUGCCUUUCCGCCGGCAGGUCGGAUACUGGACCUGUGUGAUCAUCGGCCGGUGGAUCGGCGGACUCCUAGGGUACAAGCCCUUCUUCCGAGAAUAUACUACCGACUGGGACUUUGCCGUCGCCAAGAUGAAGGGUUCCUUCUUCCAGCGGCAUCUGGUGCAUGCCGCAUUCGAGGAGGAGAAAAAUUGGGCGAAACAGGCAGCCCUGGAACCCAAGUCUAAGCCUGAAAACGCCGAGUUUGAGCCUUGGACGGACGAUAUGUCCCCCACUCCCUUGGUUCUGGGCCCAGUGGCGUAUCAGGAGGGGCAGUUCAAUGGCUUACAGCCCGCGCCGGUGAAUGGGAAUGGGACCAACGGUCACUCCACAGGGAUUGAGAGGAAGCUGGAGCAGUCGGGUUCUUGGAAACAGCGACGGACAGGGGCCGAUGGUGCGGACAAGUAG